CCGACCCACAGGUCCAAGAUCCAGUCACCUAAACACUCCACAGCAUUGCAACCUUGUUUUCCCAUUAACAGCGAUUCUCAAAAUGACUUCAAAGAAUAACACACGCAAUGUGAUUGAUAGUAGUUUCAUAUGAAGGUAUUGUAAAUCCCGGGAGUUAUUAUUUCCUCGCUUUGAUUCUAAAGCUUCAAAAUGGACAGUACAUAAUUUCACGAAGAAAAAAAUCAAUAUUAAUUAACUUAUACGUUUUGACACGUCAUGACGUGGAUACACCACAUAAGGACGCGCAGAUUGGUUUGGACAAGCGCAAACUGUUUCUCUGAUAUUCAGUCCUGUUAUUCUUAAAGAAGACGGCAGUUUGCUGCUGGAGGCGCGCGGCUAAGUAUAAACCCUGGCAGAGUCACGGCGCUAGCACUGGAAUCCUUCACUCUUCAUUCUGGGAUGUGCAUCAUCACGCGCUGCCGCGAUCUUUCUCUCCGGUCGAAGAUAUAAUCACGCCGUUCUUGGUUGUUUAUCUUUGGCGGGAUGGCUGGGGCAAAGUGCCUUCUCAAAAUGCCGAGUAAUUUCCAGCCCUCUGCGAUGUUUGAGAUCUCUGACUCUACGGACACGGAGGAGGUCAACACAGAAACUGCUGUGGGGAGCUCCAUCACCGCCUGUAAGAAGGUGCUUUGCAGUAACAGUGUGUUGGAUUCCACCGAGUUCUGGCUCCAGAAUGAUAAGACCCUCUGCAAAAUUGGCUUUCUGGAAGACAAGUGUGAAGGUAGCUGCACCACAGUCUGCUUUGUGAACCUGGAUCAGGGCGGCUUGGAUCACCGUGAUGACAGUCACAUCAAGAAACUGGCCUCUGUUUCUCCUGAUCUGCCCAAACUUAUCAACUCUCUGAACAUGCGACAGUCAAAAGAGAAUGAGAUCCUGCUCCUGGGUGGCAUUGAGGUCAGCAAUACUCUUCCACCAGAGUCCACCCACCAUCAGGGUCAGCGUACAGCGGACGUGUGUCUGGUACAGUGUGUAAGGGGUCAGUCACUCACCCAGCCCAGCAGCAUCAUAUACCAGAUCAACAAAUUUCUGAUUGGCCUGGAGUCGGGCCAGGAGCAGCAGCCACACGGCCGCUCCGUGGGACAGCGAGGUGAAGAUGACACUAACCGCUCGGUCUCCUCCAUCGAGGAGGACUUUCUCACCGCUUCCGAGUACCUGGGAGAUGACAGCGAGGAGGACCCGUUCCGAAAUGAUGCUGACUGUGGGGAUGCUGUCACUGAGCCCCCUGAGGAGGGCGCGCGCAGUAGCGUGCCGCGAGGUCUGAGGGUACGCCUAAGUAAGCGGGACGGGAGUGAGGACUCAGAGGUGACCAUAUGUGCCGCAUCAGAAACGCCCCCGGGGUCCUGUCCAUUUGGGACCAACCCACAGAGAGUCAGCCAUGGCAGACAGCCCAGCCCCCUCAGCAAACAGGAGUCUGCUGGCCACUAUGCCACCAACCUGGCAGAAUCCGUCCUGCAGGAUGCUUUCAUCCGCCUGUCCCAGGACUCACCUUCCUUCAGCACAGAGGCGGCUGUAAGCGUGUCUGCAGGCACCCACACGGAAGACCUCCCGAAUGCACGCACUCGGUCCUUCGAGCUUCCUAAAAUUGUCAUAGUGCAGAGUCCUGAUAACUGUGAAGGGGUGGCAGAUUGGCCUGGGAGCGUGUCCUCAAAUACCACGACAGAGCAAGAUGCCCCUCACCAGCCCCCUGGGUUUGAGCCCUGCCCCCUGCUUCAACCUGGACAUUCUCCCAAAGCUGUGGAACUGGCUCUGGCAUGUGCAGCUAAUGUGAUUGGGACAAUCUCCAGCCCCCAGGUUACAGAGCAGCUAGCACUGGAGAGAAAGCCAGAGGAGGAGGAGGAGGAGGCUGAAAGUAGGGAGGACUCAACUGGCGAGGACUACUCCGUCUCCUCUGCAGUGUGUAGCAUGGCGCAGAUGGUGGGUGCAGUUGCUGUGGUGGAUCUUGCUGGGGAGGAAGAUGAGUCCCAAGGGUCAUAUCCUCCAGGUGAGACCUAUUCCCCAUCAGUUGGACUCCUGUCUGCAGCACAGGCUUCUACUGCCAUCACUCUUCACAGCGACAUUGCAGAGGGAACCAGCAUCCAGCCGUUUUGUACCAGCGUCGCUCGGGUUCUCCUCAAUGAGGCGUCAGCAGUUCUCUCUCAGUCUGGGGAGUGUAAGAGCAUUUCAGACUUCCUGAAAUCUACCCAAUACAAAAUUGUGGAGGCCAUAACGCAUCAGGAAAAACCAAGUGUUGAUGAGAUUGAUGUUGAUGAUUCUACCCACAUGGUUGCUGACAGCAUUUUUAAACAUGCCCUCGAGAAAGCUAUGAAGAGAAAAGAGUUGGAGGCCCCUGGCAAAGAUGUGCCUGACAUUCAGGGCUUUCUUCUGGAAAGUAUCAACAACCUUCUGUUCGAUGUACUUUCUAUAACAUCAAAGAAAAUCAGUGACAUUUCAAAGUGUGAUAAAGGGUCACUUGUUACACGAGAAACUGAAGUCCACUCCAAAGAUUGUGAAGCUGCCAUAAAACCAAGCAGGGAGACAUUAAGCCAAUUACAGAAUCUCACUGCGCUCAGUCACCCUGAGAAUUGUGAGCACCAGAACAGUCUGCUUCACUGCACAGGUAAGCCGUUAUCCUUUUCAGGGAAGAAUAAAGAAGAAAGUGUGCUGGAGGAGGAGGAUAAAACAGGCUCACUGUGCUCUCGUAAUGAUAAUGAUCAGCAGAAAGUGUCUCUGAUGACAGGCACCACCUCCCCCAUCAAAGAAGGCCCUGACUUCCAGUUCCAGCCUUGCAAGAGCAACAGAUCUCCAAACUCUACUGACCCAAAGUAUCCUCCCACAGAGCUGUCCACCCCAAUCGAUUCAUCAGCCAGUAUUGACAGGCUCAAGGGCAGAGCAGUGAGAGAAAAUGAAAGUAAAUCUUCUGUGCUGACCCCUCAGCAAUCACUGUCCUCUUCAGGGCCCAUGGUCAUGUCAAAGACAGAAGAGGAGUUCGGAUCCCCUGUGUCUUGUUUUGCAGAUGAUCUUGCAAGCACUGUGGUUUCCAUGGCCACAGAACUUGCAGCAAUUUGUUUGGAGAACUCAAGUGGGAAACAGCCCUGGUUCUGUGCCCUUAAAGGUGGGUCCGGGGUGGGACCAGAGGGUUAUUUUUUGCCCUGUCGCCCUUCAAUAAGGAGGAAGGAGGUACAAAGCAGCACAGUGGUUACCAAGAAACACCGUCCACCACGUCUUAGUGAGAUCAAGCGCAAAACAGAGGAGCAACCAGAGCUAAUGGAGCGGCUGGUCAACCGGGUGAUGGAUGAGUCUGUGAAUCCGGAUGAGCCUCCUGACCCCUUUGCUGCAUUUGCUUCUGAGGUCACUGCCAAGAUCAUGAGCUGCACAGAGUUCAAUGUGGUGGACACCUCGAAAGCAGGUCAACCCCGAAACAGGCUGCAGUGUGAGCGCUGGAGCCGGGGGAAGGCAGCCAGCUAUGAGAGUAUCCCAGAGGAAGACCUCGAUGCUUCAAAUCUAGCUAAAACCCUGGGCCUAGGAGCACGGCUUGGUCAGAAUCUGAGUCGCGGGAGUUCCAUUUCUAAGCAGUCAAGCUGCGAGAGCAUCACAGAUGAGUUCUCCAGGUUCAUGGUAAACCAGAUGGAAAGUGAGGGCCGUGGCUUUGACCUGCUUCUGGACUACUAUGCAGGAAAGAAUGCCAGCAGCAUCUUGAAUUCAGCUGUACAACAGGUGGUGAGCAGAAAGAAUGGUCACCUUAAUGUGAGAUCCACUUGUGUAUCUAAGCAGUCCAGCACAGAGAGCAUCACAGAGGAAUUCUAUAGGUUCAUGCUCAGAGAUAUGGACAAGGAGAACAGAGACUAUAGCAUGACCAAAACUAAAGAGUGGAGUAAUAGCCUGUUGCCUCCAUCUCCAAGGUCACCCUUUUGCAUUCGGCAGUCCUCCAUGCCAGAUCGGCGAUCAUCUGACUCCAGGUUGACUGUAAACUCUCCCAUCAAGGCUAACUCUUUUGAUGGCUUUGCUCGAAAUGUGCGCGGGGACACCCUCAAUAUCUACCCUGCAAGCUCAGUGUCUGCAGCAGGCUUAUGCAAGUCAGACUCCUGCCUCUACCAGAGAGGUCAGACGGAUCAGAUCACAGAUAUGCUCAUUCAUGAAACCUGGUCCAACUCCAUUGAAUCCCUAAUGAGAAAGAACAAGAUCAUUGCCGAUCCAGAGGACAGCGAGGACCUGGAGGGGCUUGGUGACUCACAGCCACAUGUUGAGCUUUUCGCCAACCGCUUAGCAGCUGACAUUGUGGAGAGCGGGAAGUCAGUACUUGGCGGUCAGCUGGAGGGCACGGUUGAACGGAAGUCCCUGCCAGUGGGAGAGAGAAGGAGGGGUUUUAAACAGUCAAGGCCUGGCUCAGGCAAAAGCAGGUCCAGCCAGGACCCACUAACCAGCACUUGGGGGAGUGACUCUGUCUGCAUGACACCGCCAAGGGUCCACAGGGAAGUCCCUCUGAUCCACAUUGAGGGAGAUCAAAGGGAUGAGCUCACAGAGCGUGCUGAGAAGACCCAGUCACACCCUGGAGAGACAGUCCCAGUAAUCCCUCCUCAGAGGAGCAUGGAGAGAGCUCCAGUGCGCCACAGCAGCAGUGAAAGUGAGGGGACAGCAGUGUGCACAUUGGGGGGGCAGGAGGAGCUCUCUCUUAGUGCUGGCAGUGAGGAGAGCACAGGAAGUUGGUCACAGAUCGCCCCUGACGACGACCCCCAGGAAGAGACCAGUAGCUUUAUCCAGCUGAGCGAGGGGAAUGGAAACAGCAGUGCAUCCAGUCUGGGCGUGGCAGACAUGGAAGCUUUUUCUGAAAUGCCUCCAAGUAGACUGAUCAGUGAAACAACCGAGAAGAAGAGAUCUCUGAAGGGGAGUCUGGAGAAUGUGGAUGAGGGCAUCUCAGGACUGUCAGUGGGGGGCAGCAGCAGUCACAGGGAGCUGCUGGUGGUGAACUGUGAUCUGGAGCCUGAGGGUGUGGACUCGGAGCUGCGAGCGACCUUGCAGUGGAUUGCUGCGUCUCAACUGGGAAUGCCAGUGGUCUACUUCAGGAGGUCUGAAGAGAGACAGAUGGAGAAGUUCCUGGAGGUGGUGCACUUUGUAAAUCUGAAGUCCUGGAGAGUGAGAGAGCUCUUCAGCGCUGUGGUGCAAUACUGUAACCUGCAGGAGGAAGGUGGGGGCCAUUUUGUGUCCAGCCUGUUUGACUGGCUGCUAAAGACUCAUUAGGCCCACUCAUGUGCUCUGGCCCACACAGUGAACCCUGUGCUGUCACCGUGCCCCCUGUCGUGUUCACUGUAGAGUCCCCGAGUCUUGUGACACUGUGACCUCACCUGGAGUACAGAGCAGCUGCACUACUACAUGCCCUCACCCCCCACUUUUGAAAAUGAGGAAAAAAUGUUUGUCAGCUGUAGCAGACAUCUGUCCCUUUAAGAUUAGCAUGUUUCUCAUUUUCAGAUGCACAGGAAUAAAUAUUUUGUAAAAAUUGCAAAAAAAUAAAAAAUAUAAAAGCAGUAUUGUUUAUAGCAAGGAUAGUUCACAAUCAGAAUUUUGCGUCUGCAGAUUUUUAUGGGUGGAAAAUUAUGAGAUUUCUUUAGUACCACUUGACAAGAUUAAACUUUACGAAGUGUUUUACAGACAAAAAAAAGAGAUUAAUGUUGGUUUUAAAAGUUUAAUAUUCAGCAACUGGUAUUGAGGGGAAUCUACCCGUUUAUACUCACCAACAUGUCCGCUGAUUUUACUGUCACUGAAAUUAAUUUAUCCAUGAUUCAUAUAAUUUUAAAUUAUUUUCUAUAGUUGUAUAUAUUGUAUAUUCUAAACUGCUGCACCUUGAAGUGAAAGACUACGGUCUGGUUUAGUUUUUAAUACCACUGAGUGAUGGAGGAGUAGGAGACGAGUUUGUAAAGCUGAAAAUAUUUGUAUGUGAAUCUAGUCUGUCUGAGUUUAUCUGUGUACUAGUGUAGUAAUGUUUUGUCAGCAUUCAAAGCACACAAUUAAAGCGUCUACUCUUGUCUGUUACCAUAUUAUUGAAUGUAUUGACCUUUUGAAAUUAAUAAAUUUAAGUAAGGCGUU